UUUGAGCCUCUAAAUAUAUAAAAAUGUUAUAUCAAUUUUUCUUGCUUAAGAAAUAGUAGGUAUCUUAGGUUGUAUAAUAAAAUCCCGUGAACAUUUUACUGUUCUAAGUUGGGAUAUAGUGAUGUUAUAUAUAAGAUUAGUUUCCUGUCAAUGUUUACAUUAAUAUUUUUUGAUUCCAAGGUUAGUUUUCUCAUGGAGAAUAUUUCAUUCAUCAGAGGGUUUCCUGAUCAGGAAAUAAUGGAGGAUCCUUCUCUCUAUCUGCAUCAAUGGCAUUUAAACUCUAUGGACGAGUCUAACACACUGCCGAUAGCUUCUGCUUUUGGAGACACUUUGCAACACCAUUCAUAUAUUUAUCCAAACUUCAACCUCAGAGCUUCGGUUGAAACUGAUCAGAGACCCGAGACUCAAUUUGUUUCGUACCAGAACCUUCUUUCGUACGUUGAUUCAAAUCAUUUUAAUCAGUUGAAUUUAGUGAAGCCUAAGGAUGAGAUGGUUUGUCCUCAAAACAGUAACACAACUUCUGACGCGGUCUCUCAAGGAAUCAUGGAGGCUCAAAGGAUAUCGACACGUCAUAAAGUCUCUCUACCUCAGGACCAUAUAAUAGCUGAAAGAAAGCGUCGAGAGAAGCUCAGCCAGCGCUUCAUUGCUCUUUCUGCCCUUGUUCCCGGACUACAAAAGAUGGACAAAGUUACCGUUCUUGGAGAUGCUAUCAAGUACUUGAAGAAACUGCAAGAGAAGGUGAAGGCUCUUGAGGAGGAACGGAACAUGAAGAAAAACGUGGAAUAUGUGGUGGUUGUGAAGAAAUCUCAACUAUCGAAUGACGUUGAAAAAUCUUCUGCAGAAUCUGGCAGUCCCUUCGACGAGGAACUGCCAGAAAUUGAAGCAAGGUUUUGCGAUAGAAAUGUACUCAUAAGAAUUCACUGUGAGAAAAGCAAAGGAGCUGUGGAAAAAACAAUCCAUGAAAUUGAGAAACUUCAUCUAAAAGUCAUCAAUAGCUGUGUCAUGGCAUUUGGGAGCUGUGCACUUGAUAUAACAGUUAUUGCUCAGAUGGAUAUAGAAUUCUGCAUGACAGUGAAGGAACUUGUGACAAACCUGCGCUCAGCUUUUGCAUCGUUCAUCUGAGGACGUUCCUUUACUUCAUACUGAACAGAUCCCAAAAGAAUAAGAAUAUAUAGAAGAUACUGUCAACUAUAUAUACAUAAAAG